UCUCGUGUAACUCGCUAGUUUAUUAUCACAUAUACGGAGCUAACUACGUUUCAAUUGUAGUACGAUCAUCUAAAUACUUGUUGAAAGCCAUUCAUCACUCUCAAGUAACACCAUUAGCUUAGCAUUAGCAUUAUGCGUUCACGGUGUGCUAACACUGUAGAGAUCAUUCAGUACAAUACAUUUGUAGUGUAGCAUGAUAAUACUUACUUACCUCUUUACUGUGAUAAAUUAUAUCAAGUAAUGUAGAAAUAUUUGGCUGUUGCUAAUUAGCUGUGUGUUACCUUCUGGCUUUACGACCCAGUAACUAGUCUGAGCCAUUGCAGAGGUAACCAGGAGUAACUGGAGUAACUGUCCAGUGUUGACUGGACUUUCAGGUGUGUCGGAGUGUCUGAGUCCAUCACCUUGCAAAGAUGGAUUUCCAGCAUCGAGCUGGAGGGAAGACGGGGAGCGGAGGGGUGGCUUCUGCCUCCGAGAGUAACCGUGACAGACGAGAACGGUUACGUCAGCUGGCGCUGGAGACCAUUGACAUCAACAAAGAUCCCUACUUUAUGAAAAAUCAUUUAGGCUCAUAUGAAUGCAAACUUUGCCUGACACUUCACAACAAUGAGGGCAGCUACUUGGCUCACACACAAGGAAAGAAACAUCAGACCAACUUAGCUCGGAGAGCAGCCAAAGAGGCAAAAGAAGCUCCUGCUCAGCCAGCUCCAGCAAAAGUGAAGGUUGAGGUCAAGAAGUUUGUCAAAAUUGGUCGACCGGGAUACAAAGUAACCAAACAGAGGGACCCAGAGACCGGACAGCAGUCUUUACUUUUUCAGAUUGACUACCCAGAGAUCGCUGAAGGUAUUGGACCCAGGCAUCGCUUCAUGUCUGCGUAUGAACAGCGCAUCGAACCCCCCGAUCGUCGCUGGCAAUACCUGCUGCUGGCUGCUGAGCCAUAUGAGACUAUCGCCUUCAAGGUCCCCAGCAGAGAAAUUGAUAAAGCAGAGAACCGCUUCUGGACCCACUGGAACAGAGAAACAAAACAGUUCUUCCUGCAGUUCCACUUCAAAAUGGAGAAAGCUCUUCCACAGUCCAGUGGGCCAGCGCCUCCCGCAGGUGUGAAGCGCCCUCCUCCUCUCAUGAGUGCUCCUCGCCCACCGAAUGAUAACAUGCCCCCUCCCCCGCCAGGAGGGAUGCCCGUCCCACCUCUCCCCCCUGGUGCACCAGGUACCCCCCAGAUGCCCCCUCAGAUGCCCAUGCCACCAAUGCCAAUGAGGCCGCCACCUCCUGAAGGCCUUUCAAUGUCUAACAAUUGAUCCCCUUCCAGCGGAUUAUGAUUGCUUUCUUCCAUGGUGUCCGAUCACCCUGCCCCGCCUGUCUACAGUGUCCCUCGCCCUUAAAUUUAUGUUUAGUUGAUUUUUACAUAUUUUAUUUGGGCAGUCUGUUAUUGCAACUGUAUAAAUAUGACCACACUGUUUUGUAUAAUGUUAAGAUUCAGGAUACGGAGCUAUGCUUGAAAAGUAGCUCAUCUUUUAAGAUUGUGUUUUUGUAAUUAAAUGCUGUGGAGAAAAAUG